AGCAGCCCGAAGCGCGGUACGAUAGCCUGGUAAGUGGGCAGAUCUCGAAAGUACUAUGUAGGUGAUGGGUAAAUUUGACAGAAACUGCUCAUGAUUUUUCUUCUUGUUCCUUACCACCGGUCCGUUAGACUCCAAUAGUCAGGUCUCUUCUUUCGGUAUUCAUGCCGAAUACUUUUUUGCAUGAACGAGGAAGAGGCUGAGAGGCUACUAUUGACGAAUCUGGUCUGAUCGCGGCUCCUUGAUAAGUUUGAUCUUCUGGUAUUAUAUGCCCCUCGAUCGGGACGCAUGCGGCUUUACCCUGGUUCUUUUUCUGUUCGCCUCUGGGCGUAAAACCUCAUUCCAGAACUCAGUCUACCUGUAGGCCAACGUCGUUCGCGGCUUCAUAUCCUCAUUUUUUUCAGAUAAGGGAAAUCUCUAGAAAAUCGACGUCCUUUUACCGAUCACCGCCCCUGGUGCUCUACCAUUCGAGUUCCCCAUACCCAACAGCAGCCCUUGGGCACUUGUUCUUCAAGGGUAUUGUCUUAGUUGUAGUCGAUUCCUAGCUAUGUCUCUUGGCAGAUAGCGAAGUCCAACAGAACAAGUGCUUCUUAGAGUGCUGCAUGAUCGAUAUAUAACUUCGACCUCUAACCGUCUCAUCAAGUUCUCACAAUGCUUCCAAGGUGGUCCAGCGUUUGCGCUGUGCUCUAUCUAAUAAUAUGCUUGAAUUUGGUCGCCGCGGGCCAACUGAGACCAUAUCCAAGACAAGAUGCCUCUUCAACGACUACAGAGGCUUCGAGCACGACGCAAAAUGGAGACGGGAAAACGACAGCUACACCAGAUACCUCUAGUUCUUCCUCCAGUUCGUUCGAAUCAGCCACUUCCGUUCAGGUUUCGACAAGCACAACCAGCGAUCCAUCAGAAACUGCGAUCCCUUCGGCCAUCAACGGAAACAAUCCGAGCAAUGCUAGCUUCGUUGAAGACCCAACUGUUGUACAGGGCGAGUUGCCUUUGCCACCUCAACUUACACCUGGUUGGGGUGUUUCCGGCGCGAUUUUGCUCUUGACUGGCAUCGUAUACACUCUAGUUGGCAUUAAAAACGCAUGGCUGCAUACGUUCUUCUCAUCGGCAUAUCUGGCUAGCCUUUGUGUAACGGUCUUGAUCGUUUACGUUAUGAACCCACCUAUAUCAGAUGCGAUCCAAGGGGCGUAUGUUGUGGCAGCUGUAUGUACCGGCCUUAUCCUUGGUGGCGCUGCAACGGCCUUUAGGGAACUCACCGAAGGCCUUGGAUGUUUACUGGGUGGCUUUUGCCUUGCUAUGUGGCUGCUAACCCUGCACGAUGGCGGGUUGCUGCCUUCAACUACCGGGAAAGUGAUAUUUAUCACUGUUUUCACGCUUGUAGGCUUCGCAUCUUACUUCAGUCAUUAUUCCAGGCCAUACGCUUUGAUCGGAUUAAUGUCUUUCGCCGGCGCGACAGUUACAGUUUUAGGCAUUGAUUGUUUCAGCAGAGCAGGUUUGAAGGAAUUCUGGGUCUAUAUUUGGAACCUGAACGACAAACUCUUCCCGCUCGAUGCAUAUACCUAUCCCUUAACGAAGGGUAUAAAAGUGGAGAUCGCAUUAAUUGUCGUAUUAACUAUUCUGGGGUUGAUAUCUCAGUUCAAACUAUGGCGUGUGAUUCAGCAACACCGUGAGAAACGAGCGGAGGAACGAGCAGAGUUUCAAAGAACGCGCGAUGAAGAGGAGGCAGUUGUCGGACGGCGAGUCGAGGAAGACAAUGAGCGCGAAAGAAGGCAAUGGGAAACAACUUACGGCGAUAUGCCUCCACCAAUGAGCCCUACAGCUUCCCGUGAUUCAGGCGUUGGGGAAAUGGAGAAUGAGAAGAAGGGCCGUCUCAGCCAGACUACAGUUCAACCUGUUUCGCCCACGGAUACCGAAACUGAGAACGCAAUCGAGAUGGCGAACCUUUCUGCUUCUGAUGAUGCUGCGUCUACUGAAGAGGUAAAAAAGGUGGAAAAUGGACUUGUCAUUCCAAAUCACAGUGAAGAGAACCGGGUUACAAUUCGAGUUUCACGAGAUGACCUCCUUGAUCCCGACACUGCUUCGUUACCGACGCCUGAUGAAAAAGCAUGGAUGGCUGGGGUUGACGAUGAAAGUCAACGUGUAUCUACAGUAUCGCCCCACAACUCACAACGGAUCUCGAAUUUGACUGGGCCCGACAUCAUACCAUUGCCUUUCAGAGUCCCGGAAUCGCAUGGCGAAGAAGAAAACGACGAUGGCGAUCGCUCAUCUUUCGCGACGUUUGCAGACGAGGAUGGGCGAUCUAUCACGCUAAGCAAAAGAGCCUCCAGGAUGUCUUUAUCUCAUAGACUAUCGGUGGGUUCGGGUAAUUUACUGCGAAGUUUGUCUCAGCGCUCUCAGAGGUCUCAAAAAUCCAGGCCUCAGACUGGGGAAUUUGAUGUUCCACAGCAAACGCCAAAAAGGAGCGAAAGUCGACAGGAUCUUGUAACCGAAAGUCGAAUGCCCCCUGAAGAUACAGGUUCCAUUGCUGCUACCAUUGACGGUAUGAGCGAUGACGGUGACGAGAAGUUAGAGUGGAGUGAAGAGAGGGAAUCAAGAUGGACCAUGGAAAUCAAACCAGAAUUGGCGGAAAAACUGGCACAAAGUGAACCAAAACUAGGUGAUUCCUCUAUGGCACACCCUAGUGCUCGACCUUACUCAACGGCGGAGACAGUCGCGACGAAUAUAUUGGAUCCUCCCUUUUUAGGGGAGCCUGCCGGGGACAAGUCAAAAAGGAGCAGCACAACAAACGACACUGGAAAGACCCCAGAGACUAAUGAGAUUAGCAAACUCACAAGUGUCCCGGAGACGAAAACUCCUUCUGAUACGUCGAAAGUUGCUAAAUCCGCAUCGCCAUCAGCUUCAUCGUCAGCGAGCCUCACGAAAGAACGUCUCCCAUCUAGCUUGUCUCGUGUUGCACUGUCUUAUCGCACAAAUGAGUGGGCAAAACACUUGAGCCAUGCAGAGAAGCCUGAGAUCGAAACGUUACAGGUAAAUGAAUACCCCGAACCAGAGGCAUUGAAGCAGCAGGAAGAGACCCCUGCCCCAGUUAUGGUCGAAGAACUUCAACAAACAGCCGAGAGCGGCAUCCCGAUAUCCUCUAUCGUGAGAUCGCAUUCCUCGGUUUCGAACACUCCACCAAAUAUACCCGUUUAUCGCUCCACGUCGAAGUCAUCUUCAACGGGUAUGACACCCCCUACGCAAGCCACAGCCCCGUUUCAAGAGGCCAGUGACAUUACAAGUCAUACAAUGGGUACGCAACCGCAUACUGCCCAUAACGGGCGAGGGAAGACUCGUCGACAGUCCGGUGACGUGAUUCAGCCAAUUUUGGAAGAGAAUACCGACGAGAAUAUGGAUGUUCAAGUUAACACUCCCCCAGAGGAUAGCACUGGUCCGGCUUCCAGGCCGAGUCCACCAGUACCUAUUGAACCUGACUCGCAUCGUAUAAGUCAGUCUGCUGUUCCAGGGGUUGUAUCAUAUUCUAGCCCCCAGACCUUAAUAGGCAAACGAGAAAUGUUCCUGCGCAGCAAAUCUCAGUCAACGUUACUACUAUCACAACAGAUCCCCGAGAAUACACAGCAUCCUCUCCGAUCAGUUAGUCAAAUGGAACUCCAGUAUAACCAUCCAGCACCUACGCCCUUCAUUACUCAGGAUCCCGAUGACCUUCCACUCAGCCAACGAAAAGAACUCAUCCGUCAGACUAGUAUGCUUUCGGCUACGGCCGAUCCCAGACCAAAUAGCACCAUGAGAAUAAACUAUACUUCCGGACCAAAUCCACCAGCAGUUCCGCCAGUGGCAGCACAAAACUCACAUUUUAAUUCUCAUCAACCUCAACGACGAUCUACAGCCCCAUCCCCGGCGCAUCGCGACGCCCAACUUGCAAGCUUCCGACAGUCCGUAGCCGCAGAGUUACGGGCAGGAACACCAAUUUCACCCGCGGUUAAUACUGGUCGGGAAACACCACUUUUCUCUACUUCGAACCCGUUACUUGGAAUAGCUGGGCAGCGAAAUGGAAGCUACGAUGUGCAAUAUAAUAUUGAUCAGCAACGGAACGCUCUUCUAUCGCAGAGAGAACAGGAAGCCCAAAGAAGAGAGUUUGAACGCCUGGAGAAAGAGCGUAAUGAACGAACUUUCGAAGAAAUGAUGCGGCGUGGAGAUCUCAUGGACGCCCACCGCGAGGCCUUAAGAAGGAUGCAGAGCAAUGUCAAGGGUCAGUGAUGGGAACACGUUUCAAAAGCUAUAAGCGUACGUGUAUGAACAAAAAAAUUACGGUAGCGGAUAUAUGGGUCCCUUUUCAUAUUGCGUUAGGUUGGCGGCAGUGGAACUUGAUACCCUUUCUUUCUCUCGUUUUUAUGUCAUUCUUACAAUCUCGACCGCCGAGCAACGAGGCAACGACAUUUAUUGCUGCUGCAUAAUUCCAUACAAAUUACCUGGGUAUAUCAUGUACAUUAUGGCACAUGCGGGUACAUCUUUCGGUCCUUAGAGUACCUACCUAUCCUUCUACCUAUCUUCUAAUAUGUAAUUGCAGGAAUCAAAACUGGCGUUGGCAAACGGGAAUUGGUCUGGCCGGGCAAUUAGGGAACGUGCAUAUGAGGGAGCACAAAAUAAAUGCAAGACUCUAGUACGAGCCUUUACGGAAUUUACGGAACCGUGUUGUUGGUAAAGGGGUGAAUAACUGAGAUACAAGGACGCUGUGUAACUUGGUAUGCAUAUAAUAGUCUACAUACGUACUUAUACACGUCUCGAUAUCAAAUACAUCCGUAACUUGUCGUAGA